GGAAUUUCCAGUAAGGAAGUCGGGCUGUCUAUUCAAACGAUCGCGUUGAUCUCGAUAUGAUUUACUGCGGCCACUCGAGACAGGCGAUUAAAAUCGAUCGAUCGAUCUAUCGAUCUGCCGUUUAACCUUAGUGGAUGUUCUUGCAUAUCUAUGUCUAGCAGACGCAGCAGUCAUCCUGAAUAAGGAACCUGCCUUGAACUGACUUUCGGCUUACGUUAUUUGACUUCACCGCAAAAUGGAGAAAUAAGUUGCGAGGAAUAAGAAAACCUGACUCUGGUUUCCAAAUUCCAGCUGUUUAAUGUUGAUUCUGAAUCUCGGAUAUCUAUCGGGCAAGUGCUGCUGAACUUCCUACUUCUGCCUCAGAGGCCAAAUGCACGUUUCAGCCAUCAAGGAGUUUUGAUAAGUUGGUUCGGCAAUCAUGGCUGGAGAGGAUCCAUACCAUGCAGAGUACAUUGGACAAAUGGACCCGUUUAGAGACGACCCAAUAUGGAUGACCAUGGACCCGACAUCGUUCUCAGGCAUCCACAACAAUAACGUUAUGAGGACAGUCGACGGACCUUAUCUACGAAUCGUCGAACAACCAAAACAGAGGGGCUUCAGGUUCCGCUAUGGAUGUGAAGGCCCCUCCCACGGAGGACUCCCAGGGGCCUCCAGUGAGAAGAACAGGAAGUCUUACCCACAAGUGAAGAUCUGUAACUACCAGGGUGCAGCGAGAGUGGUUGUUCAGCUAGUGACCAACUCUGCAAGCCCUCAUCUUCAUGCUCACAGCCUGGUGGGCAAACAGUGCGAUAAAGGAAUCUGCAUUGCUGACUUGCAGCCCAAAGAUUCGAGCAUCAGUUUCCCUAACCUAGGCAUUUUGCACGUGACAAAGAAGAACGUAAGCAAAGUUUUGGAAGAGAGGAUGAUUGAGGCCUACAGGAUGGGCUAUAACUACGGCAUAUCCAUCCAUCCCGAGAUAGAUGCUCUUCAGGGAGAGGUCCGCGUUCCCAGAGAACUCGCAGACGCUGAGAGGAACCUGAUUAGCAGUUCAUCGGUUCAUCAGUCGAAGGAGAUGGAUCUGAGCGUUGUACGGCUCAUGUUCACAGCCUUCCUGCCCGACAGUGAUGGAGGGUUCUCCCGCAGACUUGAACCGGUUAUUUCAGACCCCAUCUUUGACAGCAAAGCCCCGAACGCCUCCAAUCUGAAGAUCGUGCGGAUGGAUCGGACCGCUGGCUGUGUGACGGGAGGAGAGGAGGUUUAUCUGCUGUGUGACAAAGUCCAGAAAGAUGAUAUCCAGGUGCGGUUUUAUGAAGAUGAUGAGUCAGGUCUAACCUGGGAGGCCUUCGGGGAUUUCUCCCCCACCGACGUCCACAGACAGUUUGCCAUUGUCUUCAAGACGCCUAAAUAUCGGGACCUGAACCUCCAGAAGCCUAUCUCUGUGUUUGUGCAGCUAAAAAGAAAGUCAGACAAUGAAACGAGCGAACCUAAGCCUUUCACCUACCAUCCACAGAUUAUAGACAAAGAAGAAGUGCAGAGAAAGAGACAGAAGACUCUGCCAAACUUCCAGGACUACAGUGGAGCAGGAGGCGGAGCUGGGGGCAUGUUUAGAGGAGGAGGGGGUGGCUCAACAGCAGGGGGUGGUCCCAGCGGAGGAGGAGGAGGGCAUUUCUUCCAGGGAUAUCAAGCCUAUAACAAUUACGGGUCUGGAUACAACUUCUCCCCAGGCAUGGGGGGAGGCGGGACCACCAUCAAGUACACGUAUCAAGAGCCGGUGGAAGACAGUGAUGAGGACAGUGACAGUGAUAGCGAUGAUGAUGAUCCGGGAGCAGGUGGGGCGGUGCGAAUCUGUGCCCAGUCUGAACCUGUUGGUUUGGGAGUGGCAAGUGAGGACACAGAUCCUACAGAAGAUCUGGAGUCGAACACCACUGGCUGUGUGUUAGAGUCUCAUUUGGCUGAGCUUGCUGGAAGACAGGCUCAAGCCCUGUUUCGUUACACAUUAAGCGGCGAUGCUAGGAUGCUUCUGGCUCCGCAGCGCCCCCUCAUGACCGCUCAAGACGAGAACGGAGACACGGGUUUACAUCUGGGAGUGAUCCAUAGUCAGACGGAUGCCGUGCGAAAUCUAGCACAAGUCAUCUUGGCUCUCCCCGGAGAGGAUGUACUCAACAUGAGGAAUGAUCUUUACCAGACUCCUCUGCACCUAGCAGUGUUGACGCAGCAAAAAGAGGCAGUCGAGGCCUUGUUGGAGGCCGAGGUGGAUGUCACGCUCACAGAUCGCCAUGGAAACACACCACUUCACCUGGCGGCACAGCAGAAAGAUGACAGUGUGCUGCGAUCGCUGCUGAAGCACAAAUCAGUGGCGCAAUUAACCAGCAUCCCCAACACAGCAGGUCUCUGUCCACUUCACCUGGCUGUGCAGGCAAACAUUUUGAGUUGUGUGCGGGCCCUUCUGGAUGGCGGGGCGGAUGUGGAGGUCCAGGAGCUCACGUGUGGCCGCACAGCACUUCAUCUGGCCACAGAGAUGGGAAACCUUUCCCUCGCCGGCUGUUUAUUGCUGGAGGGUAAUGCAUAUGUAGACAGCGUCACCUAUAACGGUUCAACUCCUCUGCACAUCGCUGCAGGACGGGACUCAGCCAAACUGUGCGCUCUCCUGAUGGCUGCAGGCGCAGAUCCUCAUAAAGAAAACUUUGAACCACUGUUCUUCAAAGAUGAUGAGCUGUGCGGUGUAUGUGAAGAGGAAGAGGAGGAAGAUGAAGGCUAUGUUCCUGGAACUACCCCUAUGAACAUGGCAGCCUCUCCAGAGGUUUAUGACAUUCUUAACGGAGAAGAGUAUAAACCAGCCACCAUUGUCGUUCCACAACAAGGUGACAUGAACAGCUUGAGCUCUGACACAAAGCAGGAGCUGUGCCAGGCACUGGAAGAACAGACAGGAGGCUGGGAGAGUCUGGCUCACGCUCUGGGGCUUGGCAUCCUGACCAGUGCCUUCAGACUCAGCCCCUGCCCUGCUGGAAAGCUGCUGGACAGCUAUGAGGUGUCUGGAGGAACGGUGCGUGAGCUGCUGGAGGGACUGAAGCACGUCGGGAACAGCAGUGCAGUCGGUUUACUCCAGGCUGUGUGCAAGGAGCCUGAAGCUGUCCACUCCACAACUCAGUUCACAGGUCCAGGGCUCUGUAAGUCCAUUCAGGGUUUGAAACUGGGCCAUCAUCAGGAGGAGAGUGGGAUCUGCGACAGUGGGGUGGAGACGUCUUUCUAGAGCCCCAGCCUCAGUCUGGCCGACUCCAAACACAAUCGCACAAACUGAGGCCUGACCCUAAAAACCAGCUUUCUUCCUCCUCACUACAGCAGAAGCGCCACUCAGGACACGCCUCCAAGCUCUUUGAGAGUUGGAUUGAUGCCCCACCCAUAACUGCAAAUGAGGGAACUUUGAGGAGUCCUUAAGCUUUCUCCUUACAGGGAUUUAGUGUUUUUGUUUUGUUUUGUUUUUUUUUGCUUUUAAUACAAAUAAUAUCCAAAAGCACUUAUUUGAAUGUUUUAUUAUGUCCUUGUGUAAGAGCUAUGUUUUGUUGUUCAUUUUUAAUUUCCAAGUGACUCGUUUCAGCUGUGCUUAAUCUGAGGGAGCAGAUGACAUAUGUAACAUCUAUAGUUACAUUAAGAAACUCAAUAUUUAGGUUUAUGAUGUCUUGGACUUCACAUUUUUACCAUUCUCAAGCCUGAUUUGCCAGUCUGGCCUCAUCUGUUUCUUUUUGUUAAUAUAUUUUAAUAAGUAAUCGGGGGUUAACAACAGACCCUUUGAUUGAUAUAACUUAUUAUUCAAACCUUCUUUCGUAGUCAUUUGCUUACAAAGAGUUUUGAUCUGCAGCAGCAACACAAUGAGAAGGAGCAGAAGAGGAGGUCUACUGGAUUAUGACCCUCUGGAUCAAUUGGAUCUGUUAUAUGACGGAAAAAGCUCUUCCCUUUAUUAAAGACCUAUGCUACUGUCGUCCAUCACCCCUUCAGCUGUGAUUAGCAGCAUUGUUUGGAGUGACGUUAGAAUUUAUUUUGGAUUUAAGUGGUGCUACAUAUAGUUCCUUCUUUUUUUUUUGCUCACUGGUUCUGUUAAAGGGGACAUCGGAUAAAAUUUUCACAUGUUUUUGGCCUUUUUUUGCCUUUAGUUAGGAUCCCGGCACGUUUGCCAGCUCAGAAAAGAGUAAAAGAAAACAUACAUACAGCCAGUUUGUUACUGGCUGUUUGAGUCUGUUAUCCAACAAGCUGUUUCAAUAUGUAGCUGAAUUCUACACAGGUUAAACUAUUUUUAUGGAAUUUUAUGCAACGUAUGUUACAGACCGUUCAUGAAGACCGUUAGGAAUCAUACCAUCUUGUGGAAAAUGGGCAGCCAAUGUCCCCUUUAAAAAUGAAUAAGCUUUCAGAGAUUAUCCUUCUCUUCCACAGUUUUGAUCGAUUUAAAAAAAAAAAAAAAAAAAAACAGGAGGGUCAGUCUUGGGCAGCAAUUGGUGUGUGUUUGACUAGAUUUAGAUAAACUGCGUAUGUGUAUGUGCGUGUGUGUGACUUUGAGGAGCUUUAUUGGAUGUGUGUAUAAGGAUUGUGAUAACCAGAUGCCUCAAAUGCCCUUCAUGAAAUAUUUUCGGUUACAUUCGUAUCUUUCUGUUGAAAAAUUAAUCUCAUUCCCUUCUGCUGUGCGUGAACUCAGGCUGUAUUAGACAAAAUAUCACUCCGAUAAUAUGCUGAUCUAGGAUCAGUUCAGUUCAUUUAGAACUGACCCUAGUUUCACAUGUUUUUUUGUCUGUUUUGAUUCUUUUUUUUGCUCUGUGAAAUUUUCAAAAGAUGGCCUCUGAACUUUGAACUGACUUGAGGACUUGUCACCAAAAUGUUUUAGCUGCCGUAAUAUUUUCAUACUAUAGUUAAAUAGUAUUCAAAAAGCAACAAAACCGUCUAAAACCCCAAACUAAAGGUUUGACUGGCACUAUGACAUUUUUUUUUUUUUGCUGUAAACUGGUAUUUAUGUCUGUACCCUGUGAAACAGUGUUGUACAGAGGAAAAAUGUGUGCUUUGUAACUGGUUUUAUUGUGAUACUUUUAUAAUAAAACAAUUCAUUGUGUACUGCU